CAAAGUUCCAUUAUGAUUAAUUUGGCCCACAACACUGAAGCGGCCCUCUCUCAUGAAUUGAUCGGCACUGAGUCUCGAUAAGGCUACAUAGCUCUGCUCAUCUUCACAUCCUCUGCUGCAGCUACCGUUAUACAGCAUGCAGAGCCUGCUACUCUAGGAACUACGAGGGUGGUUCACGAGUCAAGCUUAAAUGUGAUUGCAUAUGUUUCAGUGCCUGUUGGUGGUGUUGCACAUCUGUAAGAGAUCUUAUGUGAAAACGAAGACGAGUUCGCUACAAUCCCAGCUGGCUGAGCUUCUGCAUCAUUAGAAAAGGCCUACCUAUGUUCUUGAGCAACAACCACUAGUGCAGAGGCUAAGACAGGCUCACUCCUAUUUACAAGUGGAUGAAAGCAAUGGCAGAUAGUCGCUGCGCAUGGAUGAUUUUGGCCUCGACUCUUGUAUGUGGCCUUCUCUUUCCGGCAGUGCUAGCAAAAGAUUCACCAUCGCUAGCAGCAGCUAUUGCGGCAGCGCCAGCACCGCCUGUGGGAGCCCCUGCACCGGCACCCGUGGCCCCACCUCCGAGGCCUCUCACUCUUCACGAGAAGGUUGUCGCCGCGCUACGAGCGGCGGGUCACUAUGGCGCCAUCUCUGGCCUCCUUGACAGCGUCGGCGCAACUAGCAACGUCAUCAGAGAGGGAGUUACACUGUUUGCUCCAGACGAUGGGGCUUUCAGCGGCCUGAACAUGAAUUCCUCUAGCCUCUUGAUGACCACGUUGGAUUACCACGUCGCGACAUCGGUAUACAACUUCAACCAGCUGUCGAACCUGCCUCUGAAUUCCACCAUCAAAACUUCCGCACCUAAUGUGGAGAUUUUCGUCACCAGUACAGGCACCGAUGGAUUGAGACUAGACAACGUCGCCAUUUCAGACCCCGAUCUCUACGCUGAUGGUCAGAUGGCUGUUCAAGGGAUAAGCUCCGUAAUGGACACAGCAAAAUACAACAAGGGUGUGGUGCCACCUGAAGCAGCACCUGCUCCUGUAGCGGGAGAUCCUGCACCAGCCCCUGGACUCAUCACCACACCAACGACACCCAAGACAGCCACCCCCGCUGGUACAGGAAAUGAUGCUGCGCAAGCUACGACCUGCGUUGUGGCCACAAUGUUGCUCGCUGGCGCAGUCUCGUUUCUAAUAGAUCUCUUUCAAAGGAUCUGGUCGGGUGCGUGA